CUUGUGGCCAGAUGAGUGACAGCAAGAGUGAUGCCGAUGCUGCACUCGAGGGGAAAUUGAACGACGAAGAGGGCAAGUUGGAGUUCAGCGGCAAGGGCAUCCGUCUGGGUAGCAGCAGAGAAUCAUUGUACCGGCGGUGGCUGCUCUCCAAUCCCCAUUCCGUCCUCUAUCGCGUGCCCACCGAGCUGGAGGCCUACGUAUCUGACUUCCCUCUCUACCAGCCGGCAAGCGAGUCGCCCUUCCAUAUCGGCACCGGUCCCUCCCCUUCCUUGCUGCGCGAGAGGAGGAUACGCAAGCUGGAUAACCGGACUCGCACACACACACACACCAAGGGCGGUGGCACGACAGCCGAGAAGCAUGGCAAUGUGCAUCAGCAGGUAGGUACACGGAGGGAAAGAUCUGGUGGUCGCGACUGACUGACAGACUCACUGAGUGUGUGUGUGUGUCGUGCAGGUGCAUGAAAGGCGGCGAUCUGGGACAGCGAGGUAACACUCAUUGUCUGUCUGCGCAUUCUUUGCUUGAGAGGGCCGGCUCGGCUGAUGGUGAAUGAACUGAGGGGGCAGGGAGAGUCGCGUCGACGGAUCGAUGGAUUUUUCGUGACGGGGUGGUGACUGCUCAACCCAACGCGUGUCGUGUACAUUGCUGGCCAUAUGGGAUGUAUAGUGAGUGGUAUACAGACAGCUAGAUACAGACAGACAGACAGAUGGAUGGAUGGAUGGACAGAUGAUCAAAGGCUGGACUGGACGGUUACUGAUUCUGAUCUGAUGACAUACAUACAUGUUUCUGUGUGACCGACCGACCGACCGACCGACAUGUGUGGUGUGAUAGACAGCUCAGAUCAGAUGUACGCUACGCUUGUUGCGGUGCAUUCAUUCAUCAUCCAUCAUGAUCGCGG